AUGGCCACAGUAUCAACAGUCCAGCGCUCUGCUGCAAUGCUCUCAGCAAUCAGAACCCCAGCUCGCCGAGUGCUCUCACCAGCGCUCCGAGCCAUCUCCACCAGAGGCCUGGCCACAACCACAAGACCCCGAGUCCCCGCCCUGACAUACAAAAUCCCAACCUCAUUCUCAUACCCAAGCAAGAGUGUUCAAUUGCAAAAGCGCCAGAACAGCAAUGACUCCAAUAGUCUCCGGAACUGGGGUUUUGAAGAGGUACGCAUUGCCCACCCUCAAGUCACUAUCUACAGGGAAUCUAACAACAACCAGAUCAAUGCCUCCCUCCCCUCCGAAUCUGGUUCGCCGACCCACAAGCCCAUCUUAGUUGAUGUUCGUGAGCCAGCUGAGCUUCAAGGCACCGGCAUUAUUCCCUCGGCAAUUAGUAUCCCAUUUGCGUCACAGCCUGACGCGAUGUUCCUCACGCCGGAUGAAUUCGAGACCCGGUUCGGGUUCCCGAAGCCCGAGCCCGUUGACGGCGCGCAGAUGAUAUUCUAUUGUAAAGCCGGUGUGCGUGCAAAGGCAAUGGCUCAGAUGGCAGUUCAGGCCGGGUACGAUCCGUCUACCGUUGGAUACUACUGGGGAAGUUGGUUGGAUUGGGAGAGGAAUGGGGGAAAAGUUGAGAGGUGGGAAGGAGACGAUUAG